AUGCCCCCUAUCUGGGUCUCAGCUCCCGAUAUCAUGACGACGGAGGAGCUCCCAGAAGUCGUAGGCUCGAAAGCUCAGGUGCUCGCUGUCUGCCUGCUGCAGGAGCACCUUGCUCGCUGGCGGGCCAGGCGCGGCCGCCCCGUCACGCUGGUCGGCUUCUCGCUCGGGGCAUACGUGGUGUGGGAGUGCUUGCACGAGAUGUGCCGCGCGUCCGAGGCGGGGGAGGCGCGCGCCGCCGGCAUCGUCCAGCACGCGGUUCUGCUCAGCUUGCCCGCCUCCUCCGACCCGGCACGGUGGCGGCGGCUGCGCCGCGUCGUCGCGGGCCGGCUGGUCAACUGCUACCGGCCGGAUAACCUCGUCCUCUCCCUCGCCCACCGCGCCGCGCAGCUCAAGGCGUUUGGCGUCGCCGGCCUUGGCCCGGUCCCGGCGGGCGCGGGCGUCGAGUCGUACAACGUGUCGCGGCUCGUGCGCCCAGAAGCGGAGAUCGUGCGCGCGCACCACCGCUACCGCUUCACCGUUGGGCCUGUGCUGCGGCACGUGGGGCUCGCGGAGGACUGA